AACAACAAACUCUACAUUUACAUCCUAUCGGAAAACCAAUGCCGAAUCGACGCGGUAGGAAACCAUUGGCGACCAUGCCUUCGGGUAAAAAGCACGUUCAGAACCUAACCAACCAAAGAGCAUUUCGUCAACGUAAAGAAAAUUCUUCCAGGUUAAUAAGAAGUGAUGCUAUAAAGAAUGUUAAUAAUAGAGAUCCAAACACACAUUAUGGUGGGAUUGUUAAUUCAGCAAUGUAUCAAGCCAUAAUAGAUAAUCACACGAUUUAUGAUGAAAACAAAGACGGUCCUUGUGACGUUAUUAUGAACGAUGUAAGUCAAAUAGAUCUUAAUGACAACAUCAAUAAUUCAUUAACGUCAUCGUUAAGAUCGUCACCUUCAUCUAAUGCAAUUUAUAUUCGUGCUUCAAAUGAUUAUUCUACGACUACUUCAAAUGAUAUACAGCAAUUACCCAAAGAUUCAGAUCUCUUCUGUGAGCCAAUUACCACUUCGGAUGAACGAAUUUGGAUAGCGUCUACAAGUCCAACUACAACUUCUCCAUUAUAUCCAACAUUUGUCGCAAGCAAUCCGUCUCAAAAUACACGCGAAAAUGGUCCUACCUUCCCACCAUCUCAAGACACUGAGCCACAAUGGAUUCAACCUUAUUUCUCUCAAACAUCAACUGCCAUAACAUCAAAUCACCAUCGUUUAAAUUUAAAAUGGAUUUUAAGUGAUGCUCCGAAUGAAGAAUAAAGUGUCGGUGUAUAACAAGGACUUUUUUUUUUUUU